AUGCUGGCACCGUGCCCAAACCAUCCGUGGUUGGUUCCCCUGCUCCCCCGUACACGCCCAGAGGAGGACAUCCUGUUUCAGUGGCGUCUGAGGAGGAAGAUGGAGCAGGCCAGUCAGUGUGUCCAGUCACACCCACAGCAGGGUCACACCCUUCAUCAGCACUCUGUCAGCUGGCAGGCUCACAUGGUACUUAACCCCCUGUCUACUACACCUGCUAUUGAAAAUAGGUUUUUAAAUGUGUGCCAUUGUGUGGUCGGAUUGUCCAACGUAUGUAGCUAAUCACAGAGCAUAUGUUUUGAUUUGUUCUCCUUUGUUAGGUACAGCGGAAUCCCCUCCCUGCCUAUUCCUCUCAUAGAGUUACCCCCUCCUUCACCCCAGCCCCCCAGGAGACCAGUGCCCCCUAUGGACCGUUCCCCCCUGCAGCUGCCCCCUCCCUCCCCAUCUCCAGCCCCACCAUCUCCAAGCUGCAGCCGGAUGCCCCGGUCCCACCCCACAUGCACCUCCUCUGUGACAUCCUGCCCUGCACCUCUCUGCCCCGCUCCCCUCCACCCAGCCACCAGAGGAGCCCAAAGAGGAGGGAGGUCUCUGGGGCCGACUGGACCCUCAGGCAGCCCAAAGCCCAGGUCAGUUCCACAGACACCUCCACUGAGGAGCCCACUAGUAAACAUGAGUCCUCUCCACCACCGCCCGCCUUGUCUGAGAUCACGGAGGAAGAGUGGGCAGUUCAACAGAGGACAACCGAGAGGACAAAAAAGGAGACACUACAGAAGAAGGAGGAGAGGAGUGACAAGCGGAGAGUGCCGUCCUGCAGAAAGAAGAAAUCAGCCAGGUAUGACCUGUAUGUAAGAGGGGUGCCAUUUUUGAUUUAAUGACAUGUGAAGCAGAUGCGUUAUGUGGCCCAGUCUGUAAACUCAAUGACAAUAUCUCUGUAGGCAUCAUGUUGGUGAUGCGGACCAUGCUGAGAGGCCCAGCUAUGCAGAUAGGAGUGUGAGCCAACACAGCACCAGAGGUCCAGACAGGGUCACUCCAUGGAGGGAGGAACCCAGAAGAGACUGGGGGCAACAGGAAAGAGUGCCGGGGGUAGUGAGAGAGGGCCGCCCUGGAGAUCGUGCUCCACCACCCUCUCCCAUACACAGCGCACUGGGACAGGUCAGUUAACACUGUGGGUCAUCAGCAUCACCGAUGCUAGAUGCCAUUUAGACAUUGAAGAAAGGCUAUUAUGAAUUUUUAAGUGUUACAAUAUUAUUAAUUUACUUUAUCCAGAUUAGUUUAAUUUAAAUAAAGAUAUUAGCUGAGUAAAGCAUAUUAAUUUACCUUGGCAGGUAGUUUCAGAGGUACUGUUCCUGACCCCGGACUCCCCAGACCCACCCAGAACCCCUGUGUCCUCUGACUCUCCCAGAUACACCCCCCCUGCGACCCCACAGUCCCCCGCCCCGCCUCCCAGUGCACAGCAGCCACGGGAGGUCGUAGCUCAGCUGCUGCAGGAUGCUGAAGGUGAGACUGCCUGGUGCAGUGGGGACUGCUGACCUUAACUCUCUAGGUAGCAGAGGUGGAAUAGACUCUGGCCGUAUAGUACAGUAUACAGUGGGGGAAAAAAGUAUUUAGUCAGCCACCAAUUGUGCAAGUUCUCCCACUUAAAAAGAUGAGAGAGGCCUGUCAUUUUCAUCAUAGGUACACGUCAACUAUGACAGACAAAAUGAGGGAAAAAAAUCCAGAAAAUCACAUUGUAGGAUUUUUAAUGAAUUUAUUUGCAAAUUAUGGUGAAAAAUAAGUAUUUGGUCAAUAACAAAAGUAUCUCAAUACUUUGUUAUAUACCCUUUGUUGGCAAUGACACAGUUCAAAUGUUUUCUGUAAGUCUUCACAAGGUUUUCACACACUGUUGCUGGUAUUUUGGCCCAUUCCUCCAUGCAGAUCUCCUCUAGAGCAGUGAUGUUUUGGGGCUGUCGCUGGGCAACACGGACUUUCAACUCCCUCCAAAGAUUUUCUAUGGGGUUGAGAUCUGGAGACUGGCUAGGCCACUCCAGGACCUUGAAAUGCUUCUUACGAAGCCACUCCUUCGUUGCCCGGGCGGUGUGUUUGGGAUCAUUGUCAUGCUGAAAGACCCAGCCACGUUUCAUCUUCAAUGCCCUUGCUGAUGGAAGGAGGUUUUCACUCAAAAUCUCACGAUACAUGGCCCCAUUCAUUCUUUCCUUUACACGGAUCAGUCGUCCUGGUCCCUUUGCAGAAAAACAGCCCCAAAGCAUGAUGUUUCCACCCCCAUGCUUCACAGUAGGUAUGGUGUUCUUUGGAUGCAACUCAGCAUUCUUUGUCCUCCAAACACGACGAGUUGAGUUUUUACCAAAAAGUUCUAUUUUGGUUUCAUCUGACCAUAUGACAUUCUCCCAAUCCUCUUCUGGAUCAUCCAAAUGCACUCUAGCAAACUUCAGACGGGCCUGGACAUGUACUGGCUUAAGCAGGGGGACACGUCUGGCACUGCAGGAUUUGAGUCCCUGGCGGCGUAGUGUGUUACUGAUGGUAGACUUUGUUACUUUGGUCCCAGCUCUCUGCAGGUCAUUCACUAGAUUUUUGCUCACCGUUCUUGUGAUCAUUUUGACCCCACGGGGUGAGAUCUUGCGUGGAGCCCCAGAUCGAGGGAGAUUAUCAGUGGUCUUGUAUGUCUUCCAUUUCCUAAUAAUUGCUCCCACAGUUGAUUUCUUCAAACCAAGCUGCUUACCUAUUGCAGAUUCAGUCUUCCCAGGCUGGUAUAGGUCUACAAUUUUGUUUCUGGUGUCCUUUGACAGCUCUUUGGUCUUGGCCAUAGUGGAGUUUGGAGUGUGACUGUUUGAGGUUGUGGACAGGUGUCUUUUAUAGGUGUCAGUUCAAACAGGUGCCAUUAAUACAGGUAACGAGUGGAGGACAGAGGAGCCUCUUAAAGAAGAAGUUACAGGUCUGUGAGAGCCAGAAAUCUUGCUUGUUUGUAGGUGACCAAAUACUUAUUUUCCACCAUAAUUUGCAAAUAAAUUCAUAAAAAAUCCUACAAUGUGAUUUUCUGGAUUUCUUUUUCUCAAUUUGUCUGUCAUAGUUGACUUGUACCUAUGAUGAAAAUUACAGGCCUCUCUCAUCUUUUUAAGUGGGAGAACAUGCACAAUUGGUGGCUGACUAAAUACUUUUUCCCCCCACUGUAUAUAGCAUUCCAAGUUCCACCAGGACUGAAUCCUAACUUGAACUUUCUCCCGAAUAUCCCAUUCAUAUACAUGCAUUACUUACUCUAAAUAAUAAGUUAGGAUGUUGCCCUGAAUGCUAAAGGGAUCUUUUGGUAAAUGUAAAGGGAGGCAUAACAAUUGAGUGAUGCCAUAGUCCUCUCUGUUACAGGAGUACAUUAACCGUGUGGACCAGUGCCAGUUGUCUAUUUUCCCUUCACCUUGCUGGUGUUCAUGUGUACAUUUCUGGCUAUUUAUACCAGUGUACAAUUAACAUGUGAUCUAAUAUAACAUAUUAUGAACACCUGGCAUAGCUUUGCUGCAAAGUAGCUAAAGUUAGAACAAAAAUAAUUGGUCAUGUAAUCAACUGCUCCUAAAGUUAUUUUUGUUAUCUGCACAGUGACAUUUCAACUGCAUAUCUUUUCCCCCUUAAGAUUCAGAUGAGCAGGAGUUCAAAGAUGACCCCUUACUGAAGGUCUUGAGGCAGCAGAAGAAGUGGGUGAAGGAGCAAAUC